CCCCAACUCAUUCACGGUGCGCGAGAGAAGAAGAAGAGCCAGCGAUAGCCAGACCGCCAUGGAAGCUUCUUUGUUCCGAGUCAACUCAGUUCCUAACCAUCGCUCCAUUCUCUCCGGUACCUCCGUGUUCUCCUGCUCUCGGAUCGCCGCCGGAGUUCCUCUCCGUCGCCGGAGAGGAGACGGGGGCUGCUCGAGCUCGAGAGGAUCGGACGACGCGAUCGCACGGCGGAGCGCUCCGGGCGGCUCCCGAUCCCGGCACGCCGCCGCCGGCGGGUGCGCGAGAAGCAGCGAGAUCGGCGAUCACUACCGCCAGAUGUUGGGGUCGAGCCCCGACUGCUCGCUCCUGCUGAGGAAUUACGCCGAGUAUCUGCACAAGGUGGAGGGAGAUGCGGAGGGAGCUGCGGAGUACUACGCGAGGGCGAUACUGGCGAGUCCCAGCGACGGCGAGGUUCUGUCGCUGUACGGGAGGUUGAUUUGGGAGGCGGAGAGAGACGAAGAUAGGGCCGGACUGUACUUCGAUCGAGCGGUGCAUGCAUCUCCUGACGACUGCACGGUGUUGGGGGCGUACGCGCACUUUCUGUGGGAAGCAGGGGAAGAGGAUGAAGAAACGGUUUGAUCGUCAACUUCAAGCCGUCGCGGGCCCAUGAUGGUUCCAAUGUAACAACAGAGGUUGGAAUUUCAUGCUCGUUACAGUGAUGCCUCGGCGCAAAAAUUGAAGAUCACAGAGCAACAGCAACAAACAGGAGAGGGAAUGGACAACUUCGGCGCAGCCAGGGCGUUGCGAACCGACAUGUCAAUAGAAGUGGAGAUGAUUGUUUUGGAGGUUUUCCAUCUGGGAAGCCAACUUGUGUCUGUUUACUGCAAUAUCGUUCGGUUCAUUACAAUGAAGAUGAUCUUAGAUACUGCAAAA